GCACAGAUCUGGAAACACGAAAAAGAAUUGUCCGAAGGGGCCUGGGAAAGCGUCGAGUGAAAGUGCCAGUCUCUUUCUCUUCUCUAGCCUCUCCUCACCCUAUCAACCUGCUUCGUGCUUCGCCUCCAGGUCCAUUCAUACGAGGCCUCUGCUCACUCACACCAAGCCUUCCACUCUCACCCUGCCACGACGGAGCAGAUGAGUCAAGGUGCUCGAAGGACCGGACCUGCCCGUCCACGUCCUCGACAGCCCAGAUAUGCAUCCACCUACAAGGGCGGGGAUCAUCCAGAUGGCAAGCAACGACUCGGCGAUAGAUCCGGCAGGCAGGCUUCCAGCGGCGGUGGCACCCAAGGUGACUCUCGAGAACGACGUGGUCAAGCAAGCUCUACUGACGAAGGGCGAGCGGAACAGCGUCAGGGGGAGGAGGAGCAGGACGACGAUGACGACGACGACGAUGGCAUUGCUUUCGGCUUGACGGACGCCUGGCGAGGCUUGACGAGCGGUCACGCUACGGCUUAUCACAUGGCCGUCCUAGCUCUCUUGAGCGCCUUGGGCCAGGGUCUGGUACUUCCCAGCGUGUACAGCCUCUACACGUUCCUCAUGUGUCGUGUACACGCUGCGCGUACAGGACAGCAAGCGCCCGACCACCAGAGAGCAAACGAAUUGCUCACAGGUCUCUGGAAUGUCUCGUCAGCCACGCUAGCGAGUCCAGAGCUGCGCCUGCUUGAGAAAACAAGGUCUUGGUUGCCGCCCACCCCUCAUCUGCCCACAUCGUCCGCCUGCUCCGAUCCAUGGGUGCCCCAAGCCACGUCUGCCUUCUCAGCGAGUAUGGCCACAACGGGCGCAAUACUGUCGCUGAUUCUGCUGGGAAGAGCGACUUUUCUAUCCCGCCGCUUUGGACGAAAGCCGAUUUUGCUCUUUUCCAAUCUGGUCAUCGUCUUUGGUUACGCGACCUUUCCUCUGUCGCCCAGACUGACAGCUUAUCUAGCACCCGCACUGGUCGCGCUUGGGAUCGUUGCCGCCGAAGGCAGCGCCGGCGCUCCGCAAAGGAUGGCAGUGCAAAAUUACGUGGUGGACUGCACAGGCGAAGCGGCGAGAGCAAGCGCGCUGAGCUUCAUCGAAGGUUUUGGUCAAUUGGGCGCUUUUCCAGCCGCAACGUUGGGUGGAUGGCUCGCUGCUGCGACAGGCCAAUUCUUUGCGCCAUUCUACGGCGGUAUCGCCAUGUUCUCCACUGCAGUGCUCUAUGUGCUGCUAUUCGUACCCGAAAGUAAGAGAAAGCAUGUUCACACGUUCAUCGAUGAUUGGGAGCAUCGCGUGGGCGGCUCGGACGAGAGUACAGCUGGAGCUUACUCAGCCGAGAGGGAGAUACAUGAGGAACAAGACCAAAGGAACACGUCGAACGUCUCGGCGGGUAGUCAGCAACAGGGCAGCAAUGAGCAGCGCAACUGGAGAGAUAGCAGACGAGCAUCUACAUUCAGUUUUCUCACCACCUCGUCUACGGCAGGAGCCGCGCAGCGUCUAGCGUCGAGUCUCAACAUCCUUAGUCCUCUCGGCAUCUUUAUUCCUCGGCGCAGACCCGACAAGACGUGGGAUUUGCGCUUGCUCAACCUCGGUCUCAUUACAGUAUUCGACGAAGCCUUUCAAAUCUUCAUCGUGCCGCUCUUGCUGCUCUACAACUCGGACAGCUUUGGGUUUGACGUUGUGCAGAAUGGCUAUCUGGUCACCCUCAUCCAGGGCACACGCGCCAUUUACCUCACGCUCAUUUUUCCUCGCUCAAUCGCGUGGGCUCGCAAACGUGUGGCACGGCGAGCCAAGAGCAAGCGCGAAGCCCACGCUCGAGCUGCAUCCGGCGAGACUACGCCAUUGUUGCGUCAAGACGAUGAGGAAGAGGAUAAGGAAAGCUAUGGCAAGCUGGACUUUGUGAUCCUCUUGGCAUCCUAUCUGGUAGCCGCGACAGCAUUUACGCUCAUCGCGCUCGCCAGACGCUUUUCUCAUUCCCACGCCGACUCUACGACUUUGCUUUCGAGCGCAACGCUCGCACCUGACAUUCCGCCAUGGAGGCUAUUGAUCCCAGGCGUGAUCAUGCUGGAAUUGGCUUCGGGGACCGUUUCCGUUCGGACAGCCCUGGUGGUCAAUACCCUCCCAUCUUCAGAGCAGACCAGAGCGAUCCAAGCCAACCAGAUUCUUAGCACCAUCGUCCUCACCCUAGUACCCUUGACAGCCUCGGCAGUGUACAGCUUCGGUCUCGAGAAGGGUCACCCAGAAGCGGUCUGGCUUGCCAAAGCGGGCUGCGCUUUGGGAGCUGCCCUAGGCAGCUUGGCUUUGUUCUGGACUCAUCGCCAUAGAAGCGGAGGGGAAGAGCAGGAAGAUGCAGCACGUUCGCGUCAUUGAUACCUCGGGCAAUGUGAAGGCGAUGGCAUGCGUUGUGAUUGCAGUGCGAGGGCGUCUAUUCGUCUUGCGUGUGAGUUCCUGGAUGUCCAGCAUCG